CAGAAAAUAGUGACAUCUUCGAAUUACUUGUUUUGAUACAAAAAAAGAAGAUAUUUCUAUGCAAUAAUAAUGUUUUUAUUUAAUUUUCAAAAACUUUUGUUGCACCUUUAAAGAGUUAUUUUCACAACAAAAGGGCAAAAGAACAAGUCUUAAGAACAUUUACCUAAAUGACUUGCAGCACAGGCCAGAUCCACCACUUCCGUUCUUCUCCAUUCACAGCCCAUAUAAUAUUUAAAGGAGAACAUUUAGAAUUUUGGUGCUUAUUUGUCACUUAGUGCCUUUAAUUAUAACUGCAAUAAAGGCUUAUAUAUUUUCAACAUUUCUUUGUCCUUCCUUUCAGAGCUCCAGAAGAUGGGUGUCCAUAAAGAGGAAGAAGAGGUUCUCCUGAUUCAGCAGCAGAACCUACACCUGGAUGCGAGUACCAGUUUGGUCCCACCAGAACCUCCGCCGAUUAAAGAGGAACAUGAGGAAAUGUGCAUUAGUCAAGAAAGACAUCCGCUUGCACAGCAACAGGAGACCAAAGCCUCGAAGUCGACUGCAACUUGUGAGAGAAGUGUCCAGUCUCAGUGUUUGGACCCUGACCAAACUGAAAGCGCAGCAAAUAAAGAUCACCAAUCCCGCACCUCAAGUAAAGACGUGUUAUCUGGAUCUGACGAGGAGAGUUCUGCAGCAUCAGCACAAAGCACCAAUCACCAGCUCCAAUCUCAUGUGAGAGCUGAGAGCCAAGAACACAUAACUUGUAGCCACGAAAAUGCAACACCAACUAGACAUACUAUGUCAACACAAAAUAAGAAAAGCAACGAUGACAACGCAACAUCAGUGUCAGGUACUGAGCAAAACGUUGAUAAGAAAAGCAACGAUGAGAACACAACAUUCGCUACAAGGACAGCAGAAACAUCUGAUAAGAAAAGCAACGAUGAGCCCACGACAUCGGAUACAAGUACAGAGGAAACAUCUCUUAAGAAAAGCAAUGAUGAGCCCACGACAUCGGCUACAAGUACAGAGGAAACAUCUCUUAAGAAAAGCAAUGAUGAGCCCACGACAUCGGCUACAAGUACAGAGGAAACAUCUCUGAAGAAAAGCAAUGAUGAGCCCACGACAUCGGCUACAAGUACAGAGGAAACAUCUCUGAAGAAAAGCAAUGAUGAGCCCACGACAUCGGCUACAAGUACAGAGGAAACAUCUUUUAAGAAAAGCAAUGAUGAGCCCACGACAUCGGCUACAAGUACAGAGGAAACAUCUCUUAAGAAAAGCAACAACAAGAACACAUCAGCUUCAGGUACUAAGCAAACAUCUAAUAAGAAAAGCAACAACAAGAACACAACAUUAGCGACAAGUACUGAGCAAACAUCUGAUGAGAAAUGUGAUCAUGAGAACAUAGCAUCAACUAGAAAUACCAGGCUAACACCAAAUAAGAAACAUAACAAUGACAACCCAACAUCAAGUGGAACAAGUGAGCAAACACUGAGUAAGAAACAUAAUGAGAACAAAAGGUCAAUUGCAAGUUUUGAGACGCCACCACACAAGAGUCGGGAUAGUGAUGCAACAUCAAAUUUGACCGGGCCCACUGAGCCAACAAUGAAUAAUACAACAGAUAAUGCAAAAACAUUAGUAACUAGUACUGAGCAAACACCACAUGGGAAAGAUGAAGAUGAGAGCACAACCUCAAAUGAGACACCAACAGGAAGUAAGAAAAGCCAAGAUGGGUGGCCAACCUCAAAUGAACGUGUUGAGCCAACAGCAAAUAAUACAUCCAACAAUGAGAAUUUCACAUCAACUACAAGUACUGAAAGAACACCACAUAAAUGCAAAGACAAGGACGUAACAUUGAGUACAGAUGCUGAGACAACACCAAAUGAGAACCACAGGAAAAAAACAUCAACCAGAAGUACUGAGCUAAUGUCUAGUAAGAAACAUAAUGGUGAGAACACAUCAACCAAAAGUACAAAAGCGACAACAAAAGAUGCAAGUAAAGUUAAGACCUCAUCAGUAACUAGAGGUAGAAAGCAGACACGAAACCAGAAAUGUAAUGAUGAUGACCCGACGUCAAAAGAAAAUGGUGAGCCAUCUCAAAAUGCAAAAAACCAAGACUGGAGACCAACCUCGGCUGGAAGUGUUGAGCCAAGGCCAAGUAAGAAACCUAGUGAUGGGAAUGAAACGUCCACCAGAAGAACUGAACUAACGCCUACGAAGAAAUGCAACAAUAAAACCACAACGUCAACCAGUGUCACCGAGCUAACUCCAAACGAGCAACGCAAUAACCCAACAUCAAGCAGAAAUAGUGCACAGACACCAAAUAAGAAAUGUAACAAUGAGAAGACAUCAACUGAAAGAACUGCAAAUAAUAAAUCCAAUGAUGGGCCAAUAACUUCUACUGGAAGCUUUGAGAUAACAGCAAAUAUGAAUUGUAACCGUAAGAACACAUCAGCAAAAAGUACUAAACCAAGAACAACAACAAAAAACAACGAUGGGAAAGUUACAUCAGCUACAAGUGCAAAGACGACACCAAAUAAGAAACAUAAUGAUGGGCGACCAACAUCAACCAGUAACGACGAGUCAACACCAAAUAAGAGACAAAACGAUGGGAGCAUAACAUCAAAUGGCAGUACUGACCCAACACCAAAUAAGAGACGCAAGGAUGAAAGGACUACGAUGACCAGUGCAGCUACAACGUCAACCAUAAUAACAAGGCAAACACAAAGUGAGAAACGCAACAGCGAGAGCACAACAUCAAACGUGAAUGCCGACCCGACAUCAAAUAAGAAAGACGGGAGCACAUCAGGCGGUAGCGUCCAGGACAAUGACAACCCUUACAAGUGUGACAGGUGCGGCAAAGUGAUGACCAAUUUCAAAAACUACAAAUUCCACAUGAAAUCCCACACCAUCGAGAAGACUUUUAAAUGCAAGACUUGUGGGAAAAUGUUCCGGGAGAGUUGGGAUCUGAAUAAACACUUAAUGAUUCACGUCGUCGAGAAGCCCUUCAAAUGCACGGUGUGCGGACAGGGGUUCUACCGGCAGUACAACCGCGACCAGCACGCUCGGGUGCACACGGGGGAAAAGCCGUACAAGUGUGACACCUGUGAUAAAAGCUUCAGCACGUGUGUGAACUUGAAGAAACAUGUGAGAAUUCACACGGGCGAGAAACCCUACACUUGCGGCGACUGCGGAAAGGACUUUGCGGAUUCCUCGUCCUUCAAAAAUCACCAGAGAGUGCACACAGGGGAGAAACCCUUCAAGUGCACCUUUUGCGAGAAGACAUUUGCCAUCCGGUCGACCUUGAAGCAGCACAGCAGGACGCACACGGGGGAAAAGCCGUUUGCGUGCGACGUGUGCGACAAGCUGUUCGGUCACAAAUCAGUCUUGAUAAAACACAUGAGGAUGCACACUGGGGAGAAGCCGUACGAGUGCGGUACUUGCGGGGAGCGGUUCUCCAGCUGGUACAAACUCAACAAACACAAGAGCAUGCAUGCACAUGAGUGAUGCUUUAGAACCUGUCUGCAAUGGGUGCUCCAUACUUCUGAUGAACAGAAAUACAUUUCUAGUGGUAUUAGUGGAGUUUUUUUCUACCCAAUCAGCGAUGCACUGCUUAAACAUUGUCGGAUUACCCCCGGGACUUCCACUCCCUAUUAAUUGGCUCGGGGUGGCACUUGAUGUGUCGGACCUGACAGGAUGGAGGAUUUGGACAUAGACAUAUGUAUUCAUCGUAUGCGUCUCCCUGCAGAAUCACUUGGCCAUGUGUCCCUUCCUCCUCCCAACACUAGAUGGUAGGCAUGACUCACGCAGAAGUGUCCCAUCAGACAGGUGUUUAGAUGGUUUCAACCUGCCACAAAUCACGAGAUGCCACGACAACAUACACACUGUACCUUUUUAAGUUGGCAUCGUCCUCAGUUGCAUUGAGACAUAGCAUUGGAUUAAAGCGAUGGAGGCGCUUCUUUAAACUUGCCUACAGCACUAACAGAUAGACAUCUAGCGGACAACCUUUUGCCUGAUGGCGUGUCGUUAAAUAAAAUAAUGGUGCCAAAAAGUGUUUAGUGUAAAGGCGAUUUAAUGUUCAGUUUGCCAUUUAAACUCAUUUGCUUGUGUGUUCCUCUUCCGGGUGAUAAUGUAGAGAGCAGUGGCGGUUCGUCCAUAGAGGGCGCUAGGGCGCCGCCCCUCUUAAAAUUUUGAGAUGAAAAAAAAAAAAAUCCUGUCAAAAAACAUUAUAUGCCAAAUCAUUUAAAUAGUAAAUAUACCGUGUUGACGCGCUAAAUGUGUGUGGGAGACCGUCAGCCUGUCAACAACCACUUAAGUUAAUGUGAAAAAAUAUAAUAUAUCGCCAUUAUCACGGAGAGAAGCCCCUCCCCUUCUUCAGGACACCGUCCCAAUGUGUGUGUACGGCAGCGAGAAAAACAUUUCAGUCGUUUCGGCAAGGACGGCUUCUCAUUGGCGGAUGAAACGUGAAUCUUGGGUCACAAAAAUGUGCGCCAUGGCCACUGGUCACAUCACGUGGACUAUUCGGCAGAUCAGAGACCCGUAUGUUCCCUCAGCCCAUAGAGCAGCGUUGCCAGGUCCGCGGUUUCCCCGCGGAACCGGGCUACUUUUGAAGUGUUGCCGCGGGUUGAAUUUUUUGUCCGUUGGUUCGGGUAGACCUAUUUUGCAUGCAAAUUACAUGAAUGUCUUUAAAUAAAAAUCCAUAUUUUAAAUGAAAUAAUUUAUGCAUACCCAAAUCCUACCAAACUGACUCCAGAUCAGCAAGUACACACACAUUUUAUUUAUGAUAAUAUACUGUAUCUAAUUACACAAUGCCAUUUUAGGACCUAGGUGAAAUAACUGUUUAGGGAAAACUGCUUUUAAUGCUGGCAUACUAAACAUAUGUUGUUACUUUGUAGAUAUUACAAUACAUUUGGCAAUGAUAGCAAUGCUGUUGGACUUUAUAAGCAGUGUAUAUGGUUUGGCACGGGCAUAUUUUGAGUUCUGAUAUUGGGCUGGUUUUUGGGCUGGUUUCGAUUGGCCAUUGGGCUGGUUUUGUCACACAGACCUGGCAACCCUGCUCACAAUGGUUUUAUAUUGCUGAAGGUGAGUUGAGUGAAAAACGAUGUCGCACUAUUUUGGCUAUAUUCUUUAAUACAAAUUAACCGUUUAUGUUACAUACAGUAAUGGUCGCUAAUACGAUCACGGCGUCCAGCUGUCGUGUCAUUUAGACCGUCAACAUAUACGUUUGGUGGCGGUCUCAUUGAGCCACUUUGGCAACGUUUGUUUAGCUACAUCCGGUCGCCCCGACGUAUAUUUUCCUUGUGUAAAUUGUGUUGUUUUGCGUGUAUAGGAAGUGGAAGUGCAGAGACAGAUCAGAAGGCAAAUGUGUGUGUUCUGUUGUCUUCUGCAGAAUAAAUAAGUGCUGGGAAAAUCCACCAUCUGAGCCGACUUCUUCCAUGCCCGUUCCACAUCUGUAACAUCUGCUCUGAACCUCUUUCAUGUGAGGGUGAAACUCUUUUAUUUUGCAAACCUCUGAAACCCAACCCAAUGUUUCUUAAAGCAUUCUGCUCUGAACCUCUCAUGCCCAAAGUUACAGUGUGUUUACUUGUUAUUGGACAGUGUUGAGCACGCUGUGUUCUUUAAAUAAAGCUUUGUUUUUAACAAUA